UUCGUUUGUUUUUACUACGAGUUCGUUGCAUCGUAUAAACUCGAGAGGCGAGAAAUAAAAAUAAAACAGUUUCGGUGAGUAGUUGAGUGACAGUAGCAGAAAAUUAAUUCCGAAUUUUAAUUAAAAGUGGGUUUUAUAUGAAGAAUAAAUAUUACACCUGUUGCUUGUAAACUUAACCACACCACUUGCUCUUGUUUUGGUUUCACCUUUAAAAACAUUCUCACGCUUCUUCUUUCUUUCAAAAGUAAUGAAGUAACAUUUAGUUCUUCAUCUUAAGUGAUCAAUUUAAGUGCAUAAUUAGGUAUAGGUACCUAUCUUCCAACAUGUAAGGACAAUGUAUAAACCUCCCGAAAACUCAAAUCGUGUAAAAGCCAUCACAAGUAAAUUUGAGAAUAAUGUCAACGAAACCAAAAUACAAACCAAACCCCCAUUACGAAAAUCGAGAACGUUACAAGACUUUAAAGUCACCAAACGAGAAAAUCAAGGAGAAAAAAUAACGCUAAGACAUAUAGAAACAAAAAAUUCUCAGCAAACAUUAUCGAGACAAUUAAGCGAUCCUACAAAACGAAACAUUAAGCGUUCACCGGCCUUUCGAUUGGAUAAAACCCCAGAUUCUUCCAAUCGUAUUGUUCAAAACAAAACACUGUAUCUGGAAAAGAUUGUCAAAGCCAACAACAAUCGUGACGACACGGCUAAAACACAACCAAAGUUGGAAGAAACUACAGUCUCUGAACUCCGGAAGAAAUUUAAUGUCACUUCGCCAACUAACAAACCCGAUAAUCUGCCAUUUCUCUACUCUGAACCCGUGCCUAAAUCGCAAAGAAAUAAACAGUUUCAUAAUGCUUCCACUUUAAAAAUUUCCGACCAUUGCAAGAAUGGUAACAAUACAGAAAACAAAGUGCCAAAUUAUGGUAGUUUAAAUGUUAAAAAGAAUAUCGAUAACUUAACAGAUACCUUAAAGAACGCAUUAAAAAAACCACUCCCACCGGGACCAGCACCAAAAAAGCCACCACGCACAUUUUUGCAUACGCCGACCAAGUCACAUGACGAUCACCAACCCAUCUCACGUGCAGAUUUUACCAAGAAGUUAAGUUUAGAAUUGCAAAAACCUCCCUUGGAAAAUAAAAAGUUGAAAGGCGAUCCGAAGUACAUGCUAGAUAAACUCGAAACUGCGUUAAAAAGUCGGGGGGUAUUAUUAAGACGACAAGUAAAAAGCGACUAUACAUCGGAAGACGACAGCGAUAGCGAAAAGCAAAAGUUGAUUAAUUCGCGCGAAUUGCCGACAUUACCGUACACUCCCGCCGAGACUUCGCCCAAAUUUAACUUCAAUUGCUUACCUUCGCUCAGCUGCAGUGGUAGUAAUUACGCGACGGUUAAGGAAUCUAACUCUUCAUUUUUUGUUACUUGUAAGAAAGAAGAACCAGUGUACGCGGAACCGUUCGAGUACCAGCCGGAUCUCGAUGAGAGGCAGAGUGACGACAAUAGUAGUGCCAUAGAAAGCCCCACGGGAGAAUCCGCGGGUAGGAGAACUAUUCGACGUAGUGUGCAUUAUGCAAGCAGUCCGGUGCCAGACCUUAAAGCGGACGAAGGCGUCAAUAAUGUGAGUGACAAUAAGGUCCAGGAUCAGAUUUUUGGAAUUGAAUCCUCGGCGUCGUCCACAACGGUAUCAGAUAUGGAUUCGAUUGUUUCCACUCCAUCGGAGGAAGGUAAAAAUCUACCGUCAGUCAAGGACCUUGUGAAAGCGAUUGAACACAGUUCCCCCAACCAGAGUCAAUUGUAUAAAAUGAGCUCCAGUCCGAUUGAUAUAAAAAAUAAGGAAAACGCCCCCAUAGCUUUAAGUUAUGAUCGCAUAAAGAAAUUUGAAUCUGACUUUGCGAAGACAUUACAACAAAGUCUUAUCGCUCGUUCGGAGGGAAACAUUUCGGAGCUCAACUUUAACGAGGACGAAGUUGAAGAUAAACAACAAAUUUCUCGGUUUCAAACUUACGUCAAGAACAUCCGAAAUCGGAUAAAGCUCCUGCGCCCCAAAAAGGAUCGACUUUUCGACUGUUGUCUUCUGGUAGCUCUUAAUAGAACUACGCCAUAUGUCAAAAGCAAAUAUCCGACCACAGUGGAUGAACCGUAUCGGAUAGCCGACUUGUGUUUUCCCGAGGUCGAAAAUGGUUCCAUGGAUACAAGCGUUGAGGCACAGUGUUACUCGUUAAUCAUCACCAACGAGCACGGUGAGCGUACGUUCGGAUACUGUCGACGCGUAUUACCUGAGGAUUCAAUCGCCUGCCUACCGCUCGCUUACUGUAUCUUAAGCAAGCACAAAGCUCCAGGGUUUUACCGCAGGGUUCUUGAAGAAUUAGAGCAUCGGCACGGUUACCCCGAUAAGUUUAUAAACGCUUUCAUCCAGGAACUUUACAUGUGUAAAUUUCCGAUGCCCGGCGAUACGAUGGUUAUUGACUGUUCGAAAGUAGUUAGUAGUUCCGGUUGCGAUAGGAUCAGUCUUCGUGUGCCCAGUGAAUUUAAUAAUAGUGAUAUUAGUACAAAUGACAAAGACAAAGAUAUCUGUGAUAAUUUAAGUAAUAACAGUUUGGGGAAACAGGAGGAGAACGAAUUAGAUUUAAAUAGUUACGUUAUUGUUUGCAAUAGGGGUGAAUAUGGUACUUUAAUGAGAAAUAGUAAGUUGGAAUCUAGCAUCAAGUCUAAUCGUGGAACAUCUGCUAUUAUCAACUAUCCACCUGAAAUGCCUGCCGGUAAUCUGACGAGAUCGUCAAGUUCGCCAAACCUAUUAGAAUCUAUCGAAUCUUUGCCAUCGGAGUUAGUACUUAUGCGCCCCAUUGAUUCCCGCCAUGAAGAAAAUGAUCUCAUGCUUCUAGGAACAACGUUAAAGAUGCCAGUAUUACAAAAAGUUUUCUGUUCCCUAUUGCUCGAAAGGAAAGUCAUAUUAAUCAGCAAUGUUCUCAGCAAGCUUUCGUCAUGCAUAGAAGCACUUCAAAUUAUAUUAUAUCCGUUUUCAUGGCAACAUACGAUUAUUCCCGUCUUGCCGAGAAGCUUGUGGGAAAUUGUGGACACUCCAACGCCACUCCUAUGUGGAGUACUAUCUUCAGAAGUAAUCAAAGAUUUCGUCAUCGAAAAUGGUAUUGUGGUUGAUCUUGAUGAAGGUACUGUAUUAUUAGAAAUGGGCGACGAACACAAAAUUCUUCCUACGUGCCUUAUACAUAUACUAAAGGACGGAUUACACUUAGCGUCAACUAUAGCAGCGAAUAACAGUGGUGCUCAUAAUAUAUUUUUAAGCGACGCCUUCCUACGAAUUUUUAUAUAUACUUGCGGUCACUAUAAGAUUUAUACAAGUAGUGAAAAUUUUGAUAGAGCAGCAUUUAUUCGACACGGUCGUCAGAAGAGGAGAAUACGUGAAUUCUUAAAAUGGUUUACCGAAACAACAAUGUUCCAUCACUUCAUAGAUUUGGCAUCAACUAAAUCGCCAAGUUUGGAUCUGUUCGAUCAACGUAUUCAAAUAUAUACUUCCCAAUCGGCCGGGGAGAUUCUGAGUAAAAUGAAAAGCAAAAACACAUAUCGGGGAUUGCUCAGCCCAAGUCUGAUAAAAUUUCAAUAAUACAAUCUUAUUGACUGACUGGUUUUCUAAAGUUAAAUAUUCGUUUAUGAAUUACUUCGAUAAGCAAAUAGUACUUUUAGAUGUAAAUUAUUUUUGUAUGUUAAUAAAUACCUUAAUAGUUA